AUGGAGGUAGAGGCUACGUUUGAACUGCGAAUUCUAGCUUCGCUACUCAUUUUGAUUCCAGCACUAGCCGGUCUAGUACUGCACACACUGCUUGGUUGGGCCCUCUACAAAGGCUGGAAAACGUUCUAUAAGAAUAGCUUCUACGUUAUUACGGUACAAUUACAGUGGUGUGAUGUAUGUGCCCUUGUGCUCGAUCUUUAUAUUGCUUUUCCACUCUCUUUGACUGGUGAUCAGUACAUGGGCGACAGUAUAACCUUGUACUACGGUCCACUAGUUUUCGAAGGAGUCGCAUUCAAUGGUUUAUUUCUGCUAUCAUUUUUUCUGAGUACCAACCGAUUCCUUUUAUUUAUAUUUCCGCGUGUGCAUAAUAAAGUCUUCACAUACUGGGGCACAAGGAUAACGUCCUUGACAGUUUGGAUUUAUGUGAUCGUGUUCAUUGGAUUAUCGAACGUUUUCGGGUGUCGCAAACAAUUUUCCAAAGACGAAUUUUACUUCUGGUACAACUGCAGUAACAGAGUCUCAGGAGAAUUUCAUUACAACGACGUAAGUGUUGCUUUACAUGCUUACGAUACCGAUAAUGUUGAUAUGGAAAUAUUGUAUACCGAAGAAAAUUUCAUGGACAUCCAGUCGUACUUAAUUCCUGCUGCUAUGAUCGUCAUGUACGCGAUUGUAUUUGUGAAGAUUAAGACUUCCUUACAAGGAGGCAUGAGAAGCGAUGUGGUGCUUUUCAAACACGAAGUCAGAUAUCUUACGCAGACAGUGUUGAUAGGCAUCCUGAUCAUUGUCGAAGUGGCGGCGUUUGUUACGGUGCCUUUUCUGAAUGUCGGCGGAUACGGCCAAUUUUAUUUAAAUAUUCUGUUGAAUCUGAUUGUGAUUGCUAAUAAUCUUAUAACCCCAAUUGUUGUACUCUCCUUCAAUUCGGAUAUACGUUAUUAUGUUUUCUCAAGCGCUAGUAGACCUCAGAAGAUCACUACUCUGAUAGUCACCAAUGUUAUG